CCACUUCUGUCCGACAUCGCAGUGGGUACACCCACCGGCGUCAACUACUUUUUUCAUGUCCCCACUUGUGUCUAUAUUUUGACCCACAUUUGUCCAAAUUUUACCCACUUGUGUCCACAUACGGAUGGCGGAAAUCGAGCGGAAAUUGACCUCCACGUCACCGCACGGCAGAACAUCGAAUAGCCUCGGAACGUCUCAGAACCUCCCAACCCCUUAUCCAUGGCAUCUUUCGUAUCCAUGACUGCCGACUGCGGACCGACCGCGGAGGAACAUAUCAGACACAUGCCAGGCCCCUUCGGUACCGGCACGGGAGGAUAUCAGGCACGGGAAGAUGCCGGCAGUAAGCCCGGCAAGCAGCACACUAACAGCACACGCCACAAAUGAAAUGCGUGACACACAACGGACAACAAAACCAACGGGUCGAACUAACGGGUCGCGCACCCAGAACGAUAAGACGCGCAUAGAGCAAACAACACUCACACACACGAAAGCAUCAACCGCCACCAAGACGAGUGCACACCGACUCGUCACGGCAGCAGUAGGAUGUCGAGGCAGUUUGCUCUGCAGGGCGCCCGCUCAGGGUCAAGCGGGGGUGCACCUCUGUCAACUGCUGGCGGGGCCAUGGUUGAAGGGGCAACUUUUGCGACGUCACGUGCCUUCAAACACGCAUUCGAGCGCUGCAGGAUCG